AAUCCCAUGAAAAAUUUGCAGUCUUUACCCUCAAAAAAAAAAAAUUUUGCAGUCUUUGGAUCAAUUUGCUGAGUUUUAAGUAUAGCGGUGGAGCAAGAGACGGCUGUUAGGGAGGCGGAGAGGAGAUUCAAGGGUUUGGAAAGAGGUCAUUUGAUCAUUUCCAAGAAAAUAUCAAAGUGGGGUAACCUAUGGAAUUCAGUCAAUUACUUUCAGAGCUCCAAGAAUUGCGGAAAGAUGACAGGUUUUUUGACAUGGAUAUCCAGGAACUGCGCAUGAUAUUGAUAGGCCAAUACUCAUUGAAUAUGCCACUGCCAGAUCUAAAGAGAAAAAUUAAGUCCAUUGCGGGCAGUCUAAACUUCUGCCUCACCAAGAGAGGAAGCACUAAGCCAAAUUUAAGUCACCUAAGUAAAGACCUUUCUUUGAGGCUAACAUUAUUGUUCGGUCUCCUUCACUUUGCCAAAAUGCAUGGUAAGCAGAUUCAGUCGAUAGACCUCGUGGUGCACUGUGCAUUUCUUGCUGUAAAUGCAAAAUGCAUGUGUAAAUUAUACAAGUCUGAUCAUGAAGAAGAAGAGGUACGCGGCGACAUUUCUCAACUGCAACAGAAAGUAAAGCUUUUAGGUCCCCAAAUCCGUGAAAUUUCUGUCCGUGUCUUGACAGCUUUAAAAUCAGAGUCGAUAUCUUCAGUCACUUUUACUCUGGAAAAGAACAGGCAUAGAGCCGCAGGCAUUGUGUAUCUUCACCUUGACGUUCUUAUGCAGCUACUAGAAUGUUAUACCACUUUUACAUUUCAAGUGCAGGAUCAAAUGCUAAAACUCCACAAGGCAUUAAGAUUUCUGAUUGUCAUUCUCGCAUACAAUGGCAAUGAGCUUCCUGGUGGGAAUUCGGCGCAGUUCGAUGAGCUACGUGACAAAAUGAAGGAUCGUAUUCGAGUUGUGGUCAUUGAUGUAGGUAUUGUAAUUUGCUCCCUUUCUGUGAAUGAAAUGAAAUAUGGUUUGGCCAAGGAAACAGAUCUUGCACUUAUUGAUUUGUUGAAAGAGCUCCAGUUUGUUAGAGAAUCAUUUUCCAAAAUGUUUCCACUACCAUCAUCAUCAUCACUUAGUUUCCCUAGAACCAAUGAGCUGGGCUUUGUUGAGUUUCUUCUAGAAAAUCUCAAGGAACUAACAAGAUCUAGGGCCAAUUCAAUUGCUUUCCCAAUCCAUAAAAUCCUGGCUGUCCAAGAAGAUUUUCUGUCCUUAAGAUCUUGCCUAGAGAAAAUUGCAGAACAGCGCAACCAGAACCAAGCAAUCCAAACUUUCUGGAGUCAUGUUGUCGAGGUCGCAUACAAGGCUGAGGUAAUAAUUGAUUCUGCUUUGGUUGGUGAUAAACAUGAAUCUUGUCUGGAUGCCAUUGCUAGAGAUAUCAGUAUUCUGAAGGUUGAGGCCAAAGAGAUCAAUGAUAACAAUAGGAAUGAUGGUAAAGCCCUGAGAGCUACCAAGACUUUCAUUCACAUGCCAUCACAAGUUACUGCCCAACCCUCCCAUGAGGAUCUGGUGGGUCGUGAUGACGAGGUGAAAAUAAUUAUUAACAGACUUAAGAGAGGAUCAAUGCAGCUGGAUAUCAUUCCCAUUUGGGGUAUGCCUGGCCUUGGCAAAACAACAUUAGCUAAUAAAGUUUACUGUGAUCCUUCAAUUGAGUUCCAUUUUUAUAUUCGUGCUUGGUGUUGUGUUUCCCAAGUAUAUAGCAUGCGUAGUUUAUUGCUCCAGAUUUUGCAUGGCACUGGUUUUAAGAGUUCUAACCAGAGUCUUGAGAUGAGUGAUGAUGAUUUGGAAGAAAAACUACGCAAGGUUUUAAGGAGAAAUAAAUAUCUUAUUGUUUUGGACGACUUGUGGGAUAUUGAGGCAUGGAAUUUGUUGAAAAGAUCAUUGCCAGAUGAUGCCAAUGGAAGCAGGAUUCUCUUCACCAGCAGAUUUGAGAACUUUUCUUCGCAAAUUAAACAAGACAGCAAGCCUCAUCAUCUUCGCCUACUUACUGAUGAAGAGAGUUGGCAGCUGCUGCAAAAUAAGCUAUUUGGCAAGGAAGUAUGUCCUCCAACAUUGAGUAAAGUUGGAUUGCGAAUAGCAAAUAACUGUAGGGGUCUACCUCUCACAAUUAUCCUUAUUGGUGGAAUUCUUGCUACUACUGAGCGAGAUUGUGCAAUCUGGGAAGAAGUUGCAAAAAGUCUAAGUUCCGGCAAUGUUCCUGACACUGAACGUUGGAUGAAGACACUUGAGCUGAGUUACUCUCAUUUGCCAGAUUAUUUGAAGCCAUGCCUUCUUUACUUUAGUGCAUUUCAAGAAGACAGAGACAUUUCUGUCCAAAGGUUGUUGUGGCUUUGGAUCUCUGAAGGAUUUGUGCAAAAGAGUGAAGGAAAGAGCUUCAAAGAUGUGGCAGAUGAGUAUUUGAUGGAUUUGACUGCUAGAAGUUUAGUUAUGGUUACCAAAGAAAGGACCAUGGGUGGUGCCAAGGCUUGUCGACUUCAUGAUUUGGUACAUGAGUUUUGUGUGGUAAAAGCCAAAGAAGAAAGUUUUUUACAGAUUUUUCAUGGGGAUGAUGUUGUUACUUAUACUGGACUGUCCAACCCAUACCGACUGUUUAUUUACUCUAUGAAGUCAAGCACGCUAGAGGAGUUAAAGCUGUUUCUUCCCAAUUUACGUUCUUUGCUCUUUUUUGUUGAUUAUGAUGGGAUACAUCAUAAGCUGGAUCUUAGUCCACAUGGUUUUCUCUUACCCAGACUUCUAAGGGUGUUGGAUUUGAGGAAGUUAUUUCUUGGUGAAGAUUUUCCAAUGGAACUAGUAUCGCUUGUUCACUUGAGAUACAUGGCGAUUCGAGGGCACAUAGAGCACAUCCCAUCUGCAAUAGCCAACCUCUCAAAGUUAGAAAGUUUUCUGCUAAAAGGAAGCUGUGCUAAUGUUGUGUUACCGAAUACUAUCUGGAAUAUCAAGACAUUGCAACAUCUUCGCACAAGUUCCUUCUAUGGUUUUAUCUUUCCCUUUGACAAUCUUGAAGUCUGCCCAGAUUUAAACAAUUUAGACACUCUUAGCCUUGCCGUUGAUCCCCACAGUCAAAACCUGCAAAAGAUACUGAAGAAGUUACCAAGCAUCCGCAGGCUAAAAUGUGUGGGUGACAAAUCAGGAGAAUCUACUGCAAAUUGCAACAAGAUCCUCACACUGAGCUAUUUGACUCGACUGGAAUCACUUAACCUGGAUGCAUUUGUCGGAUAUGAGUUUGAAUUUCCGUCGAGUUUGAAAAAGUUGACUCUCUGGAGUAAUCUUCAGCCAUGGAGUAGUAUUUCAAGAAUCGGAAAGCUACCCAAUCUUGAAGUGCUUAAAUUAUACAAUCAAACAUUCGUGGGGGAAAAAUGGGAAGUGGAAGAAGGGGAGUUCCCUGACCUGCGAUUCUUGGAGUUGUCAAACUUGGACAUUCGCAGGUGGACUGCCUCUUCUGAUAACUUUUCCCUUCUUGAGAAAUUGGUUUUGCAUCGCUGUGUGAAGCUGGAAGAGGUCCCUUCUUGUUUAGGGGAAUCUCCAUUUCUUGAAAUGAUUGAGGUGAGUUCGUGUGGUGAGUCUACUGUAAAUGCUAUAAAGCAAAUCCAGCAAGAACAGAUGGACAUGGGGAAUGAGGCUCUAAAGAUUGUGUAUUGAUGAUCCAGUGUGAAUCAAAGGAGAGUCAAUUUCCUCAAGUGGGUUAGAUAUGCUACCACAGCCGUAUUUGUAUUUGGCUGCGUUGAAUCGCUUCAAUGAUAUAAUUCUUCAUAUUUCUCAAUGUAAUUUUUGGAGGUUCUCAAUUCUUCAUUGUGAAUGUUGCUUUGUGAUUGUAGUGGCAAGAACAGCCAUCCAUUUAUGAAUUCAACAUCAUGCAUCAUCAGCUGUUUCUCAAAUGGUCCACAGAGCCACCUACAUUCAUACGCUUUGCCGAAUCAUUCAGGAUAAACCGUGCGUUUUCUCCGCAGAUGCUGGCACAGAGAUUAGCUGAUGCUUAUUUUCCAGAUACCAUCGCUGCUUGUCCGAGAAAAGAAGUUCAAAACAUAGCGGGCCUCCAUGAUGAAGUAAACACUGUCACUAGGUCUGGUGCACUAUGCAAUAUGAAUAACUGUGCAAAUCUCUGCUAAUAUAUUAGAAGUCUGAGAGGGAAUUAAUGUAUUAAAUUUUCUUUUUAUUAAUAGCCAUGACCCCAAAAAAAAAAUU